AUGAAUCUAAAUAGCGAUGAAACGACUUGUUUUGACAUCAAUGAGUCUUCCACCUUACCACGGAACACCAAAACGUAUACGAUGGAUGAAAUCUUACCCUACCUAACGGAACAAGAAACGAAAGCCAUAGAGCAGGAGGUUUUUAACACCCUCAACAACGAGCUUGUUUCCUUGGAGAGUUUAGACGUUACCGUACCCCGCCUUUUGCGCAGCUGCGCGAGCGAAUCGAAGGAGCUUCGCCAGGUCAUUAACGCCAUCGUUUCUUCACAGAUCGUGGAAUCACAACGCGCACUACAGAUGGUGGAGGAGGGUGGAAACCGACUUCAAAACCUCCGCGAGCUCUUUCUGCGCCAGGGAAAGCUUAUUAAGGAUAUGGGGUGCGAAAGUAAAAGCUACACCCACCUUCGUCAGCUUCAUUUGCUCCGCGAAAAUGUUGGAUCAGUUAUAGAUUGGUCUCUUGCGCUUACUGAAGUUCAUUAUGGGAAUCUUUAUCGGUUAGUACAAAAACGAGAGUUUGUUUUGAUGUAUGAUCGUUUGAAAAGGCUCCAAAGAAUUCGACGGAGUGUGAUCACAAAGGCUGGGGCGCAAUAUCAUACCUUUCAAUGCAUUUUUGAGCCUUAUUUUUCAAAGCUCGAUACGGUGCUUGAGCUUUUUGUGCAGGAGAUUUACGCCGUGUUUACAAACGACGCGAUGGGGGCGACUAUUCAAAAGGCUUUGUAUGAUACAAACACUAGUUUUAGCGAAGGAAAAGGCGGAAAGACGAUUAAUCAUCCUAGUAGUAGCUUGGAAUUCAACGUUCUGAAAGAAUGUGUGCAGGUUUGCAGCCAAGAAGUACAGCAUCCGGUGCUUAAUUUUGGCAGUGAUGGCGUCGAGCGGGUUUCGUUAAUUACAAAGGAUAAAAUAUUAGACGCGAUAUCCAAGAACAUUACGACACUAUGGAAGGAGCAGAUCGCCGUUGGCGGUCUUGAUCCCUUUGAGCAGCCUAUGGCCUUUCUCGAGCAAAUGCGGAAAGUCGAGCCCCUUUUAGAGGCGCUCGAGAUGGUGUGGAUUCCGCUUUCCAGCGCGAUUCCUUUUUUCGCGGUGGUGGUGCGCACCCUUCACUCGGAGGUGCUCCACGCGAUUGGGGCCUACGUCCAGCCCCACGCCGCCGCGAGCGCCAACACGUUGAUGGAGGCCUCGCAUUUUAUGGCGUGGUAUAAGGAGAUGCUCAGCUAUGGGAAUUAUGGCCCCCAUGUCGAGCGCGGCUCCGUCGAGGAUCUGGCGGCCGCCCUGAUGACGCGCGCGGUGGGCGGGCUAACCGAGCACUUGACCUCGCUUUGCCGGGCCUGCGCGCGGAAUACCUUUAAAGCCCCGAAAGGCCCGACGAUAUUGCCUUCUGGGAGGCCGAUUACGACCGGGCCGAUGGAUAUCUUUGCGGCUCUUCAGCAAACACUCGACGGCCUCUCCGCAUCGAUCGAGCUGUCGGUGAUGCGAACGAUCGGCAGCGCCUGCGCGGAGGGGAUUUAUUGUUAUCUGCAGGAAUGCCGUCGGUGUUGUGAUUUUUACUUCUGGGAGGCCGAAAACGACGCCUCGGCCUCCCCACAGACGCCGGAGGAAUGGCAACAACGCCGGAUGCUCCUACUUUACGCCUAUGUCAACGACUCGCAUAAUAUCGAGGGGAAUUUGGAUACCAUCGAGAUGAAGUUUUACUCCUGUUGGGACUACGACAUGGAUGAGGCGGGGGAGCAAGCAAAAGGCACCGAACGGGAAAAAGGGCUCGGGCCGAUGCCCUUUUUAAAAGUCCAGGAUACCCUGUCGGAGAGCGCGUUUUAUUACCUCGACGAGAUCACCGCACAGGUGGAGAUGGUGGUAGGAGCGCAGUGGGCCAUGGUGUUUCGCGAGGGUGAGUGGUAUGGGGAUAAGCAGAAUCCCAUCCAGAUCAUCAUGAGCACCGUCUGCGAUUACAUCCGCGAAGAAUUCAUGGGUAUGCUGCCCCAUCAAUGGAUACGGCGACUCACGCGGCAGAUGUUUAUUCGAUUUGUCGAAAAAUACCUUUCCACGUGCAUGGAAUUCCUUGGGGAUGUGAUCCGCAAGCCGAAGACCAAGAUUGUGAAGGAUUGGCCUACUUUUCUCAGCAGCCUCGUCCGCGAUGCGGAGUUUUCGAUGACGAUGUGGCGCCCAUUUAACCUGGAUCGCCCGCUCUUGGAGCUUGGAAAGAAAGCGCUCGAGCUGCUCACAAACCUCUUGACGGCCAAAAAGCCCACAGAGUUUAAGUUUUUCCUUCAAGGCCAAUUAUUGGACGACUUUGGGGAUUGCCCUUCGUUUGUGAUUGGUUUUGUUCUGCAGGCGCGGCCGCAUGAAAUCAGCGCGGAGGUGCAGGAGCGAAUGCUCGCGAUCUGGCAGGAGCUCAUCGCCCACCAAAAGCGAAACCCCACCACGGAUCUUCCCACCACCGGAUGGAGCCAACCGACGAGCUUCUACGGCGCCAUCGAUCGCAGUAUUGUGGAAUUGGGGAAAACCACGCGAUUGUUCGGCAAAAGCGCCAAAAAGAAACGCCUUCAAAAACAAACACUCAAGGAAGAGCAGGAAAAGAAGGCCGCCUUGGUGGCCUAUAACGCACAAAAACAAGCGAAUCCGACGGCGGAGGCCGCAAAAAAGAAGCUUCCAACGCAAAAUGUCAAAACAGAUUCGGGGACCGUCGAGAUGGCUUUACUUUCCGAUAUUUUGAAAUAA